GUUCUUGUUGCAGCCUACUGAAGACUCUCUAUUCUUCUCUCCUGAAGAGCAGUGGGAGAGACUAGUCCCAUGGAGUGGAGGAACCACAGUGGGAGAGUGAGUGAGUUUGUGUUGCUGGGCUUCCCUGCUCCUGCGCCACUACAGGUACUAUUGUUUGCCCUUUUGCUGCUGGCCUAUGUACUGGUGCUGACUGAGAACACACUCAUUAUUAUGGCAAUUAGGAACCAUUCCACCCUCCACAAGCCCAUGUACUUCUUUCUAGCUAAUAUGUCCUUUCUGGAGAUCUGGUACGUCACUGUCACUAUUCCCAAGAUGCUUGCUGGCUUUGUUGGGUCCAAACAGGAUCAUGGACAGCUAAUCUCCUUUGAGGGCUGCAUGACACAGCUCUACUUUUUCCUGGGCUUGGGCUGCACUGAGUGUGUCCUUCUUGCAGUUAUGGCCUACGAUCGCUAUGUGGCCAUCUGCCAUCCACUCCACUACCCAGUCAUAGUCAGUGGCCGGCUGUGUGUGCAGAUGGCUGCUGGCUCUUGGGCUGGAGGUUUUGGCAUCUCCAUGGUCAAAGUUUUUCCUAUUUCUCGUCUCUCUUACUAUGGCCCCAACAUCAUCAACCACUUUUUCUGUGAUGUCUCCCCAUUGCUCAACCUCUCAUGCACUGACAUGUCCACAGCAGAGCUUAUAGAUUUUAUACUGGCCAUUUGUAUUCUUCUAGGACCACUCUCUGUCACUGGGGCUUCCUACGUGGCCAUUACUGGUGCUGUGAUGCACAUUCCUUCAGCUGCUGGACGCUAUAAGGCCUUUUCUACUUGUGCCUCUCAUCUCACUGUUGUGAUAAUCUUCUAUGCAGCCAGUAUCUUCAUCUAUGCCCGGCCAAAGGCACUCUCUGUUUUUGACACGAACAAGCUGGUCUCUGUACUCUAUGCAGUCAUUGUACCAUUGCUCAAUCCCAUCAUUUACUGCUUGCGCAACCAAGAGGUCAAGAGAGCCCUACGCCGUACUCUGCACCUGUACCAGGGCCAGGAUGCUGACCCCAAGAAAACUAGCAGAAAUAUGUAGCAGGGAUGUGUGAAAUCUGAUAAAACACUAUUAAACUUGGGAUCGAUGUGUUCUAUGAAGUCCAGUGGCGUUCUUAGGGCCUAAAUUGGAGG